CACUGUCAAGUCCCUCCACCUACAAUGGAUACAUCAGUGGUCUACGCUGACUUAAAACUAGCCAGGACCCAAGAGCCUAAGCAGGCAUCCCCUCCAGCUCCUCCCCCAGACAGCUGCCAGUGCCCACGCUGGCAUCGGUUGGCUCUGAAACUCGGCUGUGUUGGGUUGAUCCUUCUUGUCCUUUCUGUGAUUGGACUCGGUGUCUUAGUACUGUUACUGCAAAAAACGCCAGUAGGAAAAGGCAUUCAAGAGAACAAGACGAAAGCAACAGUCGAAAAAUGCAAUGUGAACCUAAAGUGCCCCAACGACUGGCUGCAACACCCAGAGAAAUGCAUACUGUUUUCUCAGGAGAACGGUGUUUGGAAGGAAGGUCUAUCUAACUGCACUAGAAAAGGAGCCACUUUGCUGCUCAUUCAAGACCAAGAAGACCUGAGAUUCAUCAAGGACUCGAUAAAGGAAAAAGGCAAUUCAUUUUGGAUUGGACUAAAUUACACCUUGCCAGACAAGCACUGGAGAUGGAUAAACGGCUCUACUUUAAGCUCUGAUGUAUUGAAAAUUACUGGUGAAACUAAAAUAAACAGCUGUGUCGUCGUCUCAAAGGACAACUUGGUUUCUGAGAACUGUGAUUCAGAAAACAAGUGGAUCUGCCAAAAGAAACUAAAACUUCCUUGAAACCAGGUGUAAAGACUCCUGCCUGCGAUUACUUUACCAUACAGACCUCUGCACUCACUCUGUCUAGGCUGCCAGCCCUCCCAGUGUGCAGCAAAUCACUGUGAUUCUUCCAGAUGCCCCUGUCCGGUUUCUUUAUUCUGUAAAUGGGACAUGAUGCUGAUUUGCCAUUCUAAGAGAGUUGUUCUGUGGAAAGACGCCCAGGCAAGCUGAGGGGCACUGGAUUCUAACCCUGGAGUCUGUAUGACCUUCACUGGUCUCUGUUCCUGAGAUCGCCUGCAGAAAACUGUUUGCAGAGUCCUCUUCUCUCCAUCCCCUCACGCAAAGCCAGCACACACUGAUGAAAGCCUUUGCUCUUGCCUGACCCCAGAAGCCAUAGUUAAGGGACUUGGGGAAAGGCCUCACAGUGGUUUCAAUGGCACCUACAAAAGCCUAGAUAAACAGAGCGCUGGUCAUGUGACAUCUGCACCAGGACAUGAUGCACCAGCAGACCCUGGGCCAAUGCUGGCAUCUUCGCGUUGGGUUUCACAGCUCCAGAACUGGCAGAGAUGAGCUUCUUCCUUACCAGAGAGGCAAUCAAAGGGACAAUGGCUGUGUCUUGGUUGCUGUGUCUCCUGAUGUUGCAAUGCUCCUUUGUGGAUAGAGACCUUUGAAGCUGCAGCUGGGCUCCUCCUGCCAUGUCAGAAACUAAGGCACCAGGGGACUUUCCCAAUGACCAUAGAUGUCAUCAACAAUUGUGUUGAUGAGCAGGGAAGGGAAAAGUGUGCAGACAUCUUGGCCCUGGAACAAUUUCAGCAGAGUAAGAUAAAUGAAGCUGGCUCCCAAAGGGAGGAACUUGACAUUGGUAUAAGAGAGAGGGGACCAUGAGGAGCAUUAAAAACCUCCACCAUGUAGAGCCCAGUGGGCUGCCAGCCACCUCCAGUCUCGCCUGCUUUGAUAUUGUUCUUGAGUUUGUUGUUGCUUUGAGUUUCUUUGCUUUGCUAAAUAGA